AUGGCUAUGGUGCCAAGUGAUUCGUCACAUCAUGGAGUUGUGGACAAUAGCCCCAAUGGAUGUACCCAGGCUAGGUGUGGUGAAGCUAGGAAAUUUGGUCCAUCGUGGUAUUUCAGUAGAAAGGAAUUAGAGGAAAACUCUCCAUCCAGGAGGGAUGGUAUUGAUUUUAAGAAAGAGUCUAACCUUCGAAAGUUGUAUUGCAAAUUUCUACAAGAAUUGGGCAUAGCGCUUAAAAUGCCUCAAGUGACGAUUGCCACAGCAAUGGUAUUCUGUCAUCGUUUUUACCUUCGUCAAUCCCUUGCAAAAAAUGAUAGACGAAUAAUCGCCACAGUUUGUUUAUUCUUGGCUGGAAAAGUUGAAGAAACACCUAAACCUUUGAGGGAUGUCAUCUUGGUUUCUUAUGGGAUGAUUCAUAAGAAUGAUCCUAAGGCUAGUCAGAGAAUCAAGCAGCAGAAGGAAAUAUAUGAUAAACAAAAAGAACUUAUUUUACUUGGGGAGCGAGUUGUACUUGUAACACUUGGGUUUGACCUUAAUAUUCACCAUGCCUAUAGGCCCUUGGUUGAAGCAAUAAGGAGAUUCAAUAUUGAUAAUAAAAGUCCACUUGCUCAGGUUGCCUGGAAUUUUGUAAAUGAUGGGCUGCGUACUUCGCUUUGCCUGCAGUUCCAGCCUCAUCAUAUUGCAGCUGGUGCUAUCCGUUUGGCUGCUAAAUUUCUAAAAGUGAAGCUCCCAUCUGAUGGUGAUAAGCAUUGGUGGCAGGAUUUUGAUGUCACGUGUCGACAGCUUGAAGAGAUUAGCAGUCAAUUGUUGGAAAUGUAUGAGCAAAGCUGUACAACGCAGGCACAAUCAUCACAGGGAAGUGAAGCCGAAGGGAGCUCCGCUGGUGUGUGUAAUCAACGUUCAUCUGUAAAGUCUGAAGCAAAUUCCAAGGAACCAUCUGCUCAUGGUUAUCUUCAGGCAUCCAGAUCGCAAAAUUUUCAGCAUUCGUCCUCGACAAGCGCUUCAGGUCACCAUGACGAUGGGCACUCAAAUUCAGACAAACAUAUUUCUGGCCACAAAAUGCUGCAAAAUGACAAUGCUAACCAUGGUGGCAGCAAAGAAAAGAACAAAAGUGGAAUCAAAAGUGAUACUGGUAUGGACAGAUUGCACCAUGACAAAAAGUUCUCGCCUGGACAUCGUUAUCCAGUGGAAGAACAUCAACCACAUCGAUCGGAUGAUAAUUCCAAUGAAACAAGAGAUGGUGUUGGUGGCAUUGAAGCUCCUGUUGUGUCAACCUCCAGAAUGGAUGCAAUGAAUAAAAUUGACAAGGAUAAGGUAAAAGCAGCUCUGGAGAAGCGAAGGAAAUCGAAAGGUGGUUUUGCCACAAAGGUAAAUUUGAUUGAUGAUGAUGAUCUACUUGAGAGAGAGCUAGAACAAGGUGUUGAAUUGGCUGUUGAGGUUGAGAAGAUUAAACAGGAUAAGAAGCAGAACUUGUCCAAUGGUAGCAAGCAUCCAUCAGACCUUCAAAACACUGACCAAGUAAUGGAGAAUGGUCACCAUGUCAAGCAGAGUCUACCAACAACAGCGGAAGACAUGGGCUGUCUGAUGGACAGUAAACAUCCUUCACCAUUUGAUAAGCAAAAUGAUGUUCCUGAGCACAAGUCACAGCAGCUUGAUGACACAUUGAAGCACCAAAAGGGCUAUGACCAUCCUCAACUUGUAGGAAACCCUGAGCAGGAUGGAAAAGACUAUAAGAGAUCUAAGCUCGAUGGGUAG